UCUCACACCUGAUAUUGUUAAGCCUGUAGUGUUCUCCUUGGUUCUCUGCUCUGUUUCUGACCCUGUACCUCUUCCUUGUUUUUUGGUUGUUUGUUGACUACUUAUUCCUCACAUCCUCAUGGGUCAGUUAGAGAAUGUAAAUGUCUUCAAGAUGUCUUAAUCUGAUCUGUUUAACGUGUCACAGGCUGGAGGACAGAGAAGUGAUGAAACGAGGAAGCAUCAGUUUGAGUAGUGAGAAGUACCCAGUGCACUUGCUGCUGUGUUUCCUGCAUCAUAAAUACAAGUUGUCCUGUUUAAGUUUAUUUGAAUCCAUUUGAGUGUUUACAGACUCCUCUUGUUGGCUUUUGAAGCUGAUAACAUGAGGAUGAAUGUACAAAACACAAACUAAGCAAGGCUCUGCCGAGAGUUUUUAAGUGUGACUGAAAGACUUUAUUCUUGUCAAAGACCAUUGCGAAAUGAAACCACUUCCUAUGUAGACUUAACACUAUAGAAGAUGCUAAUAAACAUUUCAAAUACCACACAUCAUCUGUGAAGACAUACUGACCAACACAGUGGAUAAUGGAUUUAGAAACUAUUUAUGCAAAUGUUGAAUGCAGAGAUAUUGAGAGCACAACUGGAUCUCAAACUCAGAGUCACGGCCAGGAUGAACGAAAAGAUCUAAAGAACAGAGGAAGUAGAUGUUUGGUGUUGAUCACAGUGGGUCUCGGGCUCAUUUGUGUUCUUCUGCUGGUCUUCAUCAUACUGCUGCACAUCACCAUCACAGCAGAGAGAGACCUGAUAAAGAGUUACAAGAACACAGUUGAAGAGUUCAAUCAAACCAUCAACAGCUUAAAGGACAAUCACACUGAUCUAAUGAUUAAAAAACACAAACUGCAGAACAAAUUCAACUCUUUGAGUCAGAAGAACCUGGAACUGGAGACCAGAGUCAAAGAUCUCAAUGCUGAGAAAAACCAGUUACAGAGAGAUUUUGACUCUUUGAAUAAGAAGGGCCCAGUCUGUCUCUUCAUGUCCACUGAGUUGAAGAGCUGGUCUGACAGCAGACAGUACUGCAGGGAUCGUGGUGCUGAUCUGGUCAUUAUCAACACUGAAGAGAAGCAGAGGUUCAUAUCUUCAUUAGUCAGUGAGAGAGUGUGGAUUGGUUUGUCUGACAGAGAGCAGGAGGGCAACAUGAAAUGGGUGGAUAAUUCGACACUGAAACAAAGGUUUUGGUUCAAAGAUCAGCCAAAUAACAAAGGCGGAAAUCAGGACUGUAUUGAACUGAAUUUUAAUAGAGAGAAGAUGGGAUGGUCACCACUGAACAGCUGGAAUGAUCUGCAAUGCUUUGACAAGAAAAAGGGGAUUUGUGAGUAAUAGGGUUCAUCUCGUCUUGUGGUUUUGCUUUUAUUAUCUAAUAUAAUCAUUCUUAUAGUAAACACAUAAGUUUUGAUUGAGGUCACUGCCUUUGAAAUCUGUUAGAAGGAAAAUUUCAAAAUGUCAUUUUCUUAUUGCUAUAAUAAUCUUUGUUUCUCAUGGCGUGAAUUCAGGACACAAAACCUCUGUGUUUAUGUCUUGCUCCAUCACAAGCAGCUCUAUAUUAAUUUGAUCUUAUUCUAGCUGUUAUCAUGAGUCUCUUUUGUUGUUCUGAAGUGUUGAGAAGACAAUCACAGUAAACUACAGAAAUCUAAAGUGUCCAGAUUACUCUGAUUCACCCUCUUAUUCUGAUAUUCAGUGUAUGUGUCUUUUAAGUUGAAUUGAUUUGUGUUUGAAUAAAAUGUAAAAUUUCUAUCAUUACCAGAGUAAACUGUGCAUUUUUG